AGGCAGAAGCGGGCGGCGAGCGGACAGCCAGUCGGCGCCGCGCGGAGCUGGGCGCUGGAUUGGCUACAGCACUCGCGUGUCAGGCGGUUGCUAGGCUCCGGCCGCGCGCCCCGCCCUCGCGCUCGGGGCCCUCUCACCGCCCGGUACGUGCUCUCGCGGAGGCUGCGGCGCUGCGCUCGCGCUGCUUGGGCUUGGCGGCGGCGGCGGCGGCAGCUUCGCGCCGAGUCCCGGGGGAGCGGCGGUGGCGGCGUCCUGGGGCCGGAAGGAGCGAACGCCUGCCGCGGUCCUCCAGCCUGCGCUGGGUGAGUGCACCGCCCGCCCCCUGCCGCUGUGCCUGGUUGCUGGAGCCCCCAUUCCCUCUGCCCGCUGAGCCUUCCGCGGAACACCUGCUGCUGCUCGCUGUUCUGCCCGGGGCGGGGACACUGCCGCGGACGUCCUUGUGGACUCUGUGUCCUCCGUGAUGGAGCAGGUGUGCAGAGAGUGAGGACCCAGCUCUGGAACCAAGUCACUUGCUCUUUUACUUAACAAGACUAUCGACCUGAACAAACUUGGGCCUGGGAUGAGGAGGUCUGUGGGCCUCUCGCUGCUGCUCCCCCUCUGGGGGAGGACCUUUCUCCUUCUGCUCUCUGUGGCCAUGGCUCAGUCCCAUUGGCCCAGUGAACCCUCAGAGGACGUCAGGGACUGGGAAAACCAGCUUGAGGCAUCCAUGCACUCAGUGCUCUCAGAACUUCAUGAGGCUGUUCCCACAGUGGUUGGCAUUCCUGAUGGCACGGCUGUCGUUGGGCGCUCAUUUAGAGUGACCAUUCCAACAGAUUUGAUUGCCUCCAAUGGAGACAUCAUCAAGGUAUCAGCGGCAGGGAAGGAGGCUUUGCCAUCUUGGCUGCACUGGGACCUGAAGAGCCAUAGCUUGGAGGGCCUCCCCCUUGACACUGAUAAGGGCGUGCAUUACAUUUCAGUGAGUGCUGCACUGCUGGGAGCCAAUGGGAGCCACAUCCCCCAGACCUCCAGUGUGUUCUCCAUCGAGGUCUACCCUGAAGAUCACAGUGAGCUGCAGUCCGUGAGGACAGCCUCCCCAGACCCUGGUGAGGUGGUGUCAUCUGCCUGUGCUGCAGAUGAGCCUGUGACUGUUCUGACAGUGAUUUUGGAUGCUGACCUCACCAAGAUGACCCCAAAGCAAAGGAUUGACCUCCUGCACAGGAUGCGGAGUUUCUCAGAAGUAGAGCUUCACAACAUGAAGUUAGUGCCAGUGGUGAAUAACAGACUAUUUGACAUGUCGGCCUUCAUGGCUGGCCCAGGAAAUGCAAAAAAAGUGGUGGAGAAUGGGGCCCUUCUCUCCUGGAAGCUGGGCUGCUCCCUGAACCAGAACAGUGUGCCUGACAUUCGUGGUGUGGAGGCCCCUGCCAGAGAGGGUGCUAUGUCUGCUCAGCUGGGCUACCCUGUCGUGGGUUGGCACAUUGCCAAUAAGAAGCCGCCUCUUCCCAAACGCAUCCGGAGGCAGAUCCAUGCCACACCCACACCUGUCACUGCCAUUGGGCCCCCAACCACGGCCAUCCAGGAGCCCCCAUCCAGGAUCGUGCCAACCCCCACAUCUCCAGCCAUUGCUCCUCCGACAGAGACCAUGGCUCCUCCAGUCAGGGAUCCUGUUCCUGGGAAACCCACAGUCACCAUCCGGACUCGAGGUGCCAUUAUUCAGACCCCAACCCUAGGCCCCAUCCAGCCUACUCGGGUGUCAGAAGCUGGCACCACAGUUCCUGGCCAGAUUCGCCCAACGAUGACCAUUCCUGGCUAUGUGGAGCCUACUGCAGUUGCUACCCCUCCCACAACCACCACUAAGAAGCCACGAGUAUCCACACCAAAAUCAGCAACGCCUUCAACUGACUCCUCUACCACCACGACUCGCAGGCCGACCAAGAAACCACGGACACCCCGGCCCGUGCCCCGGGUUACCACCAAAGCUCCCAUCACCAGAUUGGAGACUGCCUCACCACCUACUCGUAUUCGCACCACCACCGGCGGAGUGCCCCGUGGUGGAGAACCCAACCAGCGCCCAGAGCUCAAGAACCAUAUUGACAGGGUAGAUGCCUGGGUUGGCACCUACUUUGAGGUGAAGAUCCCAUCAGACACUUUCUAUGACCAUGAGGAUACCACCACUGACAAGCUGAAGCUGACCCUGAAGCUGCGGGAGCAGCAGCUGGUGGGUGAGAAGUCCUGGGUACAGUUCAACAGCAACAGCCAGCUCAUGUAUGGCCUGCCUGACAGCAGCCAUGUGGGCAAACACGAGUAUUUCAUGCAUGCCACAGACAAGGGGGGCCUGUCAGCUGUGGAUGCCUUUGAGAUCCACGUCCAUAGGCGCCCCCAAGGGGAUAGGGCUCCUGCAAGGUUCAAGGCCAAGUUUGUGGGUGACCCAGCACCGGUGUUGAAUGACAUCCACAAAAAGAUUGCCUUGGUAAAGAAACUGGCCUUCGCCUUUGGGGACCGAAACUGUAGCACACUCACCCUGCAGAAUAUCACCCGGGGCUCCAUCGUGGUGGAAUGGACCAACAACACACUGCCUGUGGAGCCCUGCCCCAAGGAGCAGAUCGUUGGGCUGAGCCGUCGGAUUGCUGAGGACGAUGGAAGACCUCGGCCUGCCUUCUCCAACGCCCUAGAGCCUGACUUUAAGGCCACAAGCAUUGCUGUGACGGGCGCUGGCAGUUGUCGGCACCUACAGUUUAUCCCUGUGGCACCACCUAGGAGAGUGCCCUCAGAGGUGCCGCCCACAGAGGUGCCUGACAGGGACCCUGAGAAGAGCAGUGAGGAUGACGUCUACCUGCACACAGUCAUUCCGGCUGUGGUGGUCGCAGCCAUCCUGCUCAUUGCUGGCAUCAUUGCCAUGAUCUGCUACCGCAAGAAGCGGAAGGGCAAGCUUACCCUUGAGGACCAGGCCACCUUCAUCAAGAAGGGGGUGCCUAUUAUCUUUGCAGACGAACUGGACGACUCGAAGCCCCCACCCUCCUCCAGCAUGCCACUCAUUCUGCAGGAGGAGAAGGCUCCCCUACCCCCUCCCGAGUACCCCAACCAGAGUGUGCCCGAGACCACCCCUCUGAACCAGGACACCGUGGGAGAGUACACGCCCCUGCGGGAUGAGGAUCCCAAUGCGCCUCCCUAUCAGCCCCCGCCGCCCUUCACAGCACCCAUGGAGGGCAAGGGCUCCCGUCCCAAGAACAUGACCCCAUACCGGUCACCCCCUCCCUAUGUCCCUCCUUAACCUGCAAGCGCCUGGGUGGAUACAGGGUAGGGCAGGGGCCUGGAGACAACAUGAUGUUGUCUGUGGAGGCCGGUGGCCUGCAGACCAUCGCCCACCAGGAGCCGACACCUGACCUAGCACACACUGACACAGGGGCCUGGACAAGCCCGCCCUCUCUGGUCCUCCCAAACCCCAAAGCAGCUGGAGAGACUUUGGGGACUUUUUUAUUUUUAUUUUUUGCCUAACAGCUUUUGGUUUGUUCAUAGAGAAUUCUUCGCUUCGUUUUUGAUGGCUGGCUCUGAAAGUACCAUGUGGAGUGGAGAUGGCAGGAGCGAGGAACCAUGAAUGAACUCGCAGGCAGUGCCAGGCAGCCCCUGGCUCUCUGCGUUUUGCCUUUAACACUAACUGUACUGUUUUUUCUAUUCACAUGUGUCUAGCUGCAGGAUGUAACAUGGAAAACAGUAACUAAAGAUUAAAUUCAAAGGACUUUCAGAAGUUAAGGUUAAGUUUUUACAUUUAAUCUGCUGUUUACCUAAACUUGUAUGUAUAAUUUUGGGGUGGGUAUGGGGAAUUGCUUUGCUAAAAAUAAGCUCCCAGGUGUUUCAAACUUAGAGAAGACCAAGGGACAGUAUUUUUUAUCAAAGGAAUCCUAUUUUUUCACACUAUGUCAACUUGGUUGCUCUGAUACCCCAGAGCCUGGUUGGGGGCCUCCUGGCCCUGGCUCAUGCCAGGGCCCUGGUGCUGGGUUUGCUCUCCCGCUGUUGCCAGGGGCUGGAACCUGGAGGGGUCUCUUGGGCCACAGACAUCCCCACUUCCAGCCCAUAUACACUAGUGGCCCACCACCAAGGGGUCUUCAUUUCCAUGAAAAAGGGACUCCAAGAGGCAGCGGUGGCUGUGGCCCCCAACUUUGGUGCUCCAGGGUGGGCCAGCUGCUUGUGGGGGCACCUGGGAGGUCGAAGGUCUCGACCACAUCAACCUAUUUUCUUUUACUCUUCUGUGCGUUUUUUUUUUUUUUCCUAAAAGGAAUAUCACAGUUUUUGAAACACUCAGUGGGGGACAUUUUGGUGAAGAUGCAAUAUUUUUAUGUCAUGUGAUGCUCUUUCCUCACUUGACGUUGGCCGCUUUGUCCUAACAGUCCACAGCCCUACCCCGACCCACCCUGACCCCCCCACCCCUUUUCUCUGGCACUCCAGUCCCGGCCUUGGGCCUGAACUACUGGAGAAGGUCUGGUGGCUGGGGAGGAGUGCCAGCAAUAGUUCAUAGUAAAAGUAUGUGGGCUCUCAAAGCUAAUUUUUUACUAAAGUUUUUAUACAGCCUCAAAUUGUUUUAUUAAAAAAAAGAUUAAAAAUGGUGAUGCUUACAGCAGUUUGUACAAGCUCUUAGUGUUGAUUCCAUGGAACUGACGGCUUUGCUCAUUUUGAUUUUUUUUCCCCCUUCUUUUCCUAAUGGUUCAAGUUCUGGAAUUACACUGGGCUUCUUUUGCCAUUUUUAGCAGAACAUCCAUCCGUCCAUCUGCAUCUCUGUCCCAUGACUCAGGGGCGCCCACUCUGCUUGAUUCUCCUCCUUUGGAAGAAACCAUUUUAAGCAUGACUUUUCUUGAUGUCUGAGUUAUUUUGGGUACCUUUUAGGGAGGAAUGCCUUUCGCAAUAAUGUAUCCCUUCGCUGAUUGAGGGUGGGUAGGUGGACCCAGGCUCCCUUUGCACACGGAGCAGCUAAUUCUAAGCCAUAUCGACUGUUUUGCAGAGGAUUUGUGUGUGCUGCCUCAGGAGGGGAGGGCUGGUAGGAGGGGAGGUGUCUCCAUCCUACUGUUCUCCAGAGGGCAUUUCCCCUUGCGCCUUCUCCCACAGGGCCCAGCCCCUUUCCCUUGCCCCAGUCCCCAGCGGGGUACUCUGGAGUGAGCAGUGUGCCGCUGUGGGGGAUCCUGUAAAUUCAGGCUUUGUGGACCACUGGUGACUGAGCUCAUACCUUCAAGCCAGAGUUUCCCUGGUGCCCCAGAGACAGGAGCACAAGUGGGAUCUGACCUGAUGAGAUUAUUUCUGAUGACCUCAUCAAAAAAUAAACAAUUCCCUAUGUUCCAGGUGAGGGCUUUGAAAGGCCUUCCAAACAGCUCUGUCACCCCUAGCAACUCCACCAUUGGGCACUGCCAUGCAGAGACGUGGCUGGCCCAGAAUGGCCUGUUGCCAUAGCAACUGGAGGCGAUGGGGCAGUGAACAGAAUAACAACAGCAACAAUGCCUUUGCAGGCAGCCUCCUCCCCUGAGCGCUGGGCUGGUGAUGGCCGCUGGACUCUGAGAUGGAGAGCCAAUCUCACAUUCAAGUGUUCACCAACCACUGAUGUGUUUUUAUUUCCUUCUAUAUGAUUUUAAGAUGUGUUUUCUGCAUUCUGUAAAGAAACAUAUCAAACUAAAUAAAAGCAGUGUCUUUAUUACAA